AUGUCUCAACAGAACGACGAUCUGGCCUACGGCCGUUACCACGAGUCAGAGCGGGGCUCCGACGGCUCCCGCAGUCUCGGCGACACCUUUAAGAAGUUCCGCGACACCUACAAAAGCCAUCAAGGUUCCUCUAAGCCAUCGAGCCAGAGUUACGGUCCGGGGUCAUCCACACAUCAAAGCGACCAGAACCAGAGUCAAGCCCCAUAUGGAUACAGCCAUGGCGCUGGCGACCAGUCACAACCAUAUCAGCAGCCAUACCAGCAAUCGGAAUAUCAGGGACACGGUCGCCCGCCCAAGGAAGACAAACUUUCGGGCUUCCUGGGUAAGAUUCAAGGAGCCGUCACUGAUUUUGGCUCCGAGUUCGCAACCAAGGUUGGCACAGCCAUCGAUCCACAGGCCUAUGCCCAGUAUGGUGCCAGCAAGCCCACUACUGAGCAUCGCUUUGGCAGCUUUGCUCCCCCGAGAGAGCAAAAUGAUGUGAAGUGGUAUGUGGAUGGUUGCAGUUAUUUCUGGGCCGUCUCGAGAGCCCUGGAAACGGCGCGAGAGUCGAUCUGGAUCCUGGACUGGUGGCUGUCUCCAGAACUCUAUCUCAGACGACCACCGACGAAGAAUGAGCAGUAUCGGCUGGACCGCAUGCUCCAAGCCGCCGCUCAGCGUGGGGUGCGCGUCAAUGUCAUCGUCUAUAAGGAGGUGACUCAGGCCCUGACGCUAUCCUCGGCUCAUACUAAGCAUACACUGGAGAAUCUUCAUCCGAAUAUCUCGGUCUUUCGUCACCCCGAUCAUCUCCCUGACCGCCAGGAGCUGGCGUCGUCCAUCACAUCGUCUCUUCAGAAUUUGUCACUUGACUCCGCCAGUCUGUCAAAAAUGUCUAAGGACACUUUGAAAGGUCUGUACGGCAUGAACGAUGAUGUGAUUCUCUACUGGGCCCACCACGAGAAGCUCUGCCUCGUCGACGGUCAAGUUGCCUUCAUGGGCGGUCUGGAUAUGUGCUUCGGUCGUUGGGACACCAAUCAGCAUUCAAUCGCAGACUUGCACCCAUCCGAUAUCAAUGAAACCGUAUUCCCUGGGCAGGAUUUCAACAACUCACGUGUCCUCGACUUCCAGGAUGUCUCGCACUGGGAGAAUAACCAGCUCGAUCGGAAAACUAUGUCUCGCAUGGGCUGGUCUGAUAUCUCAAUCAGUCUGCAUGGUGCUGUCGUGGAAGACCUCCGUCGUCAUUUCGUUGAACGUUGGAACUUCAUUUACGAGGGAAAGUAUAAGGUUCGCCGAGACACAAGAUACACACCCCUCGCACUCUUCGGACGCCCUCCCUCGUCGACAGGCCAACACAGUACACAGCAGCAGAACAACCCAUCACAGGCCGGUGCUUCACCCCAGCCGUCGACCCAGCCACAGCAGCAGCAAACGGGAACACCUCCCCCUCAAUGGCAGGGUUCUCAACAUUCACAGCCAGCUGCUGCUCCAUCCUACCUGCCUCCCCCUGUGCAGACGUCUGCUAGCCUUCAGCAAAAUCAGCAACAGCCCACCCAGUCAUCGUACCAGGCUUAUCAACCAAAUGCGGCCCAAGGCUCUGCUAGCCAGUCAUCCACUCCAAUUCAGGGCACUCAUGGGCAUAGUCAGCCGCAACAGCAGUAUAACACCGCUUCUUCAUAUAAUCCUGGAAACACUCAGAGCUAUCAGCCACUUCCUAGUCAAUCCCCAGCCCCUAGCCAGAGCUCGCACCAGUAUUCGUACACUGGUGAUUCCUUCCCGCCUCCUCCCCCUGGCCCCCCUCCGAGCCAGUCGUCGUCAACCCAGUCCUAUCAACCCCAGCAGUAUGGCCAGCAGCAGCACGACCAGCAGACCCAGGCUUCUUAUUACGCACCACCUCCUACACAUGUCUCUGGAAGUCCUGUACCGCAGGGUCAGCCACAAAGCCAGACUCCUUACUAUCCACCUCCACCUAGCCAGGAGGCAUCUCACUCUGCUACUCGCGGACUUGGUGAUCAUGUAUAUGGAGGUGAUCAUGAACGAGGCCUUGGAACUCGUGGAUUGCGACAAAAUAUCAGUCAGUAUGGGAACCAGUUACGUGGCGAGUUGGCUGGGCAGAUCCAUCAGUACCAAGAUCGUCUGACCACCUACGGACGGCCGACGUCCCAGAGCCGCGGAAAUAUGUCCUGUCAGAUCGUCCGCAGCUGUGCUAAAUGGAGUAAUGGAAGCCCCCUUGAGCAUUCAAUUCAGGACGCGUACGUUGCGAUUAUCAAGAACAGCCAACAUUUCGUGUACAUCGAGAACCAAUUCUUUAUCACCGCGACGGGCGACUCACAGCACCCAGUGAAGAACAAGAUUGGUGCAGCCAUUGUUGAGCGUAUACUGCGCGCCGCCCGUGCUGGAGAGAAGUACAAGAUCAUUGUUGUGAUGCCUUCUGUGCCUUGCUUUGCUGGUGACUUGCGUGAUGAUGAGACCCUGGGUACCCGCGCUAUCAUGGAAUUCCAGUACAACUCCAUCAACCGCGGCGGAAACAGUAUCUACGAACUGAUCGCCAAGGAAGGUUUCAACCCAAUGGAUUAUAUCCGAUUCUACAAUCUGCGGAACUACGAUCGCAUCAAGAACGGUAGCAUGGUCUCUGCGAUCGAGCUGGAAAGCGGUGUUUCCUAUGAAGAUGCUCGUAGACAGUACGAUCAGCAGGUUGCAGGCCCUGGAGGCUAUGUGCAAGGGCCCCCCGGUGGUGCACCCAGUGCUACACGCAGUGCCUUCGACACUUCUGCUCCAUACCCGCAGUACCAACAGGCCGCUCAGCAUCAGACCCAGGGAACCAAGGGCACCGGUUCUGAUCGUUGGGACACUGUUGCAUCAUGCUACAUGCUAGGUGGAGAGGACAUUCGCAAUGUCCCAUGGGACGGCCACCCCGAUGCUGAGAUUGACGCUUUUGUGAGCGAGGAGCUCUAUGUGCACUCCAAGGUGAUGAUUGCCGAUGACCGAAUUGUCAUCUGCGGCUCCGCAAACCUCAACGAUCGUUCCCAGUUAGGCGACCACGAUUCCGAGAUCGCCGUCAUCAUUGAGGACUACACCCCGGUCCAGUCUAGCAUGAACGGAAAGCCCUGGAUGGCUAGUCGGUUCGCUGCGUCUCUGCGCCGGGAAUUGUGCCGCAAGCACCUGGGUCUGUUGCCCCCACAAGACUACAAGCGGCCUAACGCCAACUAUGAGCCCGUUGGUGUGCCCAAUCAGUUCGAUCUGGACUGCCCAGAGAGCAAGGUCGUCGCCGACCCGCUCUCCGACACGCUCCAGAGCCUCUGGAACUCUCGCGCCCGCACCAACACCGAGGUUUUCCGCAAGGUCUUCCACGCUGUUCCCGACGACUGUGUCCGCAACUGGGCCACGUACAAGGAAUUCUAUGAGUACUACUUCCACGGCGCGGACCGGGAUGCCGAAGGCAAGGAGGGAUUCCACCGACCGGCGCGGUACCAGUGGGGCCAUGUCGUGCGGGACGAUUUCGCCCCUGGUGCGGAGGGCGCAAAACAGGUUAAGGAGCUGCUGAGCCAGGUGAAGGGCAAUCUUGUCGAGAUGCCGCUCAUGUUCUUGUGUGAGGAGGAUAUUGCGAAGGAGGGCUUGACGCUGAACGACCUGACGGAACCGCUUUACACCUAG